AUGGGUUUGGCUGCCACAAGGACAAAACAAAGGUUUGGAUUAGAUCCAAGAAAUACAGCAUGGAGUAAUGAUACCUCAAGGUUUGGUCAUCAACAAUUAGAAAAAUUCGGCUGGAAGCCAGGGAUGGGUCUUGGUAUGAGACCCCAUCAUUCUCAUACGUCUCAUAUUAAAGUCCAUAUUAAAGAUGAUAAUCUGGGACUUGGUGCAAAAAUUAAACGACAACAAAGGAAAGAUGAAUUCGAUAAUGGUGAGUGUGCUGGAUUAGAUGUUUUCCAAAGAAUUUUAGGUAGAUUGAACGGCAAAGAAGAGGAAAUUAGCAAUGAAUUGGAAAUUCAAAGGAAAGAAAAAAUACUUAAUGGGAAGUGGGGGAUACAUUUCGUUAAAGGUGAAGUUCUUUCUAGUACAUGGGAUCCAAAGACAAGGAAAUUGAAGAGUUAUGCUAAUAUGGAAAAGAAAAGAGAUAGAAGUAGUGACGAUGAUGAUGAAAGUGAGAGUGAGAGUGAGAGUGAACCUAAGAAGAAAAAAGUAAAGAGAUCAAAGAAGGAGAAACAUAGUAAAGAUAAGAAAAAAGAAAAGAAAGAGAAGAAAAGUAAAAAAGAUAGGAAGGAAAAGAAGGAAAAGGAUACGAAAGAUAAGAAAGACAAGAAGGAUAAGAAGGACAAGAAGGACAAGAAGAAGGCAAUUAGGUUGGAAUCUACUGAAACUGCAUCUAAUGUUCCUCAUGCUGUUACGACAAGGUUAUCUGUGCGUUCUAAAUGGAUUAGACAAAAAAGGGCAGCUACAAUGGAUUCUAAAGCUUUAAAUGAGAUAUUCAUGGUGACGGAUAAUUAA